AUGUCUGCAACGAGGCCUGAGAAGUUGAAUAAACUUCUUAGCUAUGCUAUGAUUCAUAUCCACGUUGGAAAUGACCUCAAGGAUUUCGGUGUCCACAAAGAUCUUGUCUGUCAUCAUUCACCAUACUUUAAAGCUGCUUUAAACUCAGGAUUUGAGGAGGCUACAACUGGGAUUAUAAAAUUUCCGGAAGUUAAAGUGGAAGUUUUCGAAUUAUUCUAUCAUUGGCUGUAUACUCAGGACUUGCAUUUGCCUUUGUGGGACCCAACAAAAUCGAGUUCUGAGGAAGAUACAUAUUCAGUUGUUAGCGGCGCCUAUGAUGGCGACUCGAACAGCUGGCUUGGAUUUACGCAUAAUAAUAGUUGCCCUUUGCAUUUGUUCUGUAAAAAGCAACUUAAACUGCUUUCAAAGCUACUCAUAAUCGACAUGAUGGUAUGGGAGGCGGCUCCAGAAUUCAGCCUCUUUGUACCCAAUCCCAUACCGACUCUCGUUCUGGACGAAGUUCACUCCACCAUGAGAAGAUACUUUAGAGCUGCUGUUCAUAAAACUGAGGGUGCGUUGAGCAAUCCUUUGUGGAAUAUCGAAAACUACUUAAUAAACGUCGAUGAGGAGGAAGAUGAUAUGUUUAUCUAG